GAAACCAGCGUCAGACUGCGGACGAAGUCAAGUAUUCGCUUUUUCUCGCUUCAAGGGGAGGAUUAACAAAUUAGCCGAUGGCUCCACUGAUGGAAUGCAGCCCGUUUACUCUGCUGGUGGUGUUUCUAACUUUUGUUCCUGUUGGGGCAGAAGGAAAAGGGCAAAUGUUACAAAGACGGAAAAGAGAAUGGAUCAUAGCUCCCAGACAGUUGUAUGAGAACAAUGAUUACACCGGCUUGGAUUAUAUUGCUAAAAUUCUUUCAGAUAAGAACUAUACAAAGAUAUUUUAUUAUCUAACAGGGCCUGGUGUUGACCAGCCCCCUGUAGGUAUAUUUGAUAUCAACCAUGAAACUGGCUUUGUGAAAGUCCUUUCAAUUCUGGACCGAGAGAAUAUCCCCUUCUAUCACUUAAAAGGUAUUGCAAAGUUUGCAAACGGGGCCAGAGCUGAAAAGGAUAUAAACCUUAACAUCACUGUUUUGGAUGUGAAUGACUGCACACCAGUCAUUAAAGCACAACAAGUCGGAUUUGUCAAUGAAUCAAGUGCAACAGGUACUGUUGUGAUGAAAGUUAUAGCUACUGAUGAUGAUGAACCGAACACUCCUAACUCCCAGAUCUACUACAGCAUUGUGGAGCAGAGUAGCACAGCUGGGAUGUUCUACAUCAACUCUCAGACUGGGGAGGUCCAGGUUCGACGGAACACUCUCGAUAGGGAGAGACAAGAUACAUACACGUUGACCAUACAAGCCACAGACAUGAAUGGACAGGCCUCAGACUUGACUGGAGAGUUCACAAGAAACACAGGAACCGGACAAAUUGUAAUCAAAAUUCAGGACAUAAAUGACAACAUUCCAACCCUGGAGAAAGAAUCGUAUGAAGGGAGUGUGAAGGAGAACACUAUCAAUAUGGAAGUGAUGAGGAUCAAAGCCAUUGACAUGGAUCUGAUUCACACUGACAACUGGCUGGCUAUGUUCAAAAUUAUCUCAGGGAAUGAGGCCGGCUAUUUCAGCAUCACUACUGAUUCUAAGACCAAUGAAGGAGUUAUCAUGAUUCACAAGGCUUUGGACUAUGAGGAACAAAAGAUGGUCAACUUGCAAGUGGCUGUUUCAAACAAAGCGGCGUACAGUUUUGGCAGCGGGUCUAUGCCGGCGCCCACAACCCCAAAAGCCUACAGUGUCAAUAUCAAUGUGAUCAAUGAGAAGGAAGGCCCCCGAUUCCAACCAAGUGUCAAAGUGGUGGCUCUCUCUGAGGACCACAGUACCGUCUCCAUCAAUAAGGUCAUCGGCAACUACGCUGCCAUUGACAGUGACACGCUAAUGAAAGCCACCAACGUGAGGUAUGCUAAAAUCAAAGAUGAUGACAACUGGUUGAUUAUUGAUGAAAAUACAGCAGAUAUCAAGCUGAAUAAACUACCUGACAGAGAGUCCAAGUUCUUGAUCAAUGGAACAUAUUAUGCCAAAAUGAUAUGCAUCACCAAGGAUCAUCCAUCAAAAACUGCCACAGGGACCAUUGCCAUCCAGGUGGAGGACUUCAAUGACCACUGUCCGGAACUGACCUCUACAACUCAGACCAUGUGCUUCGAGGAUCACGUGAUCUACGUCACAGCCGUAGACAAAGACGAGUACCCCAACGCUGCACCGUUUGAGUUCACUGUGAUUCAGGGGAGCAAAAAGGAGCAAUGGACAGUGGAGCAUCUUAAUGAAACCACAGCCAUUCUGCGAGACCAAGCCAGUUUGUGGGCAGGCACAUACAAAGUGGCAAUUGAGGUGAAAGACCAGCAAGGAAAGUCGUGUGAUGAUGUUCAGAUGAUGGACAUAACUGUGUGUAAUUGUGAUGCCAGAACUAAAGACUGUAGGCCGCGCACUGCAAAGACUGCAGCAUUUGGAGCUUCAGGUAUCCUGCUUCUGCUCCUGGGACUGCUGCUUAUGCUAUUGCUGCCCCUGCUGUUGCUGUUCUGUCUGUGUGGAGGUACAGCAGCUAUUGGAGAUUUCAAGUCGAUUCCAUUUGAUACAAAACAACAGCUCAUCUCAUAUCACACCGAGGGACAGGGAGAAGACAGGGACGUUCCUCUUCUACAUGUGCCAGCGGAACUUGAUCUUGGCACAAUAAAUGUUAAAAACAACAACACCUACAUGGGAAAGGGGUACUCAGGAGGACUGAUUGAAUUAGGAGGUGCAGCAGGUGGAGCCGGUGCCCUAAACACUUCCAUCUUGACAGGCGAGAACAUGGACCUGUACAACCAAUAUCACCAUUCCAGUGGGCAGGUGGGGAUGGACUACAUGGAUGCUGGGAUGAUGACAGGACAAGGACAGCAGUUCUCCCAUUACAGGUCUGGUGCCUUUGAUGGGAUGGCUCUAUCUGAUCAUUACCUGGGGGAUUAUUAUUCAAGUAAAUCCAACCAUGCUACUCAACAGUCCCAGCAGAAGGACAGUUUUCUGGUCUAUGACUAUGAAGGUCAGGAGUCCCUGGCAGGUUCUGUCGGCUGCUGCAGCCUUCUUGAGAAUGAGAAUGACCUUGCCUUCCUCAAUGACCUUGGGCCUAAAUUUAAAACCUUGGCUGAGAUUUGUCAGGGGUCAACCUUGGCGACUGAGUCGGUGGAUGCACAUGUUUCAUUCACUCAACCCAGACCAGUGUCUCCUGUCUGGCCCUCCACCUCCACCCACACACAUGUCAGCUCUCACACAGAGACAAUCAGGGACAGGGACCACGUGAACAUCAACACCUCCAAUGUGGCGUCUGGUUCCUCCACCAUCAUGCAGGAGGAGCGAAUCACUGAGAGAACCCAGGGUUCAGCCACUGCUCCCAUGGUACACGUCCAAGACAACCUUGUGAUUCCCAGUCAGACGCUGCUCGUACAGCAGCCCACUAUGUACUAUGCUGCCGCUCCCAUGUAUGUAGUCGAGCAAAAUCCCCAAAUGGUGCUUGUGGCAGGGGGGACCCAGCAGGCGGUAGGUCAAGGGGGCCAAGUUGGAGUUAGUCAGGGGCUGGUGCAGGUUGGUGGACUGCAAGGAACUCAGGGGCUGGUGCAGGUUGGUGGACUGCAAGGAACUCAGGGGCUGGUGCAGGUUGGUGGACUGCAAGGAACUCAGGGGCUGGUGCAGGUUGGUGGACUGCAAGGAACUCAGGGGCUGGUGCAGGUUGGUGGCAUGCAAGGUAGUCAGGGUGUGGUCCUUGUAGAAAGGCAAGUAGGAAUGGGUGGAGUGACGGGGCAGGUAGCUCAAGGCAUUUCACAAGGAACCCUCUCCAGGUCUAGGCAAGUGUUUGUGGUGGAGAAUGGGUCCUCAGGUGGGCAGCAAGGUGCAAGUUUAGCACAAGGCUUUGUUCAGACAGGACAUGGGAAUGCAGAGCAGGGUUUUUCAUUGGCUUCUCAAGAUUCUACAGGAUCAGAUGAGUUUGACGUUGGUCUGAGAGCCACACCCAAAUUACAAGGAAGCCAGAGAGUGGUUGUGCAACGUAAGAAGGUCUCAGUCACUGAGAGAAAUAUUGAAUCUAGUACGAGAGCAUAAAACAGCCCUUUUGUUUAGCAUAUUCACUAAUGUCACACUUGAUUCGAUAUAUACUGAAAUAUAUUUCAGUAUAGUAAAAUGUAAUACUGUAUAUGAAUACAUGAUCGUUCAUACAGAUGGACAGAUUGUGAUAAAUUGUGGUAAAACUGGUAAAAGGAUAGUUUAGUCUGCAGGACCAAUUCUGCAUGUCCUCAUAUAGUCAUAACACCACUCCCUAAAGUAGUUAACACGUGGUAUUGACUAUGUGACUAUCGUGGCUACGGAAAGCAUUGGAUUUCCAUACUAAUGCUGUUAUUUCAGGCACAAAACUAGAAGGGCUUUGGGGUGGGAGCAGUUAAAGUAAACAUAAGUAGUAUUUUGGAAAACAAAAAAUACAAACCUCUGACCUUAUCUCCUAACCAAUGGGAAAGUGAAAAAAAGCAGACUACAAACAGAAAGAUUACCCGCCCCUACAGCUCUAAUUGUCAGUGUCAGCUAGAUUAUGAUCCACUUAUGUACUCCUAAAGUCCCACAAGGUUAUUAUAAUGGAUGUGAAAAAAUAAAUAUCCCAGCACCAGGCAAAUAGUCAUGUCAUUGGUACGGAUUCAAAUCUUACUUUUUGCUCCUGAAGAUUAGAACAACACAUAAUCCUUAUCUUAAAUCACUUGCACAAAGCUCCGUUAAAACGACUAUAAUUAUAGCGUAAAUCGUUAGUCUUGACACAUUGAAUUAUUUUGAAAGUCGCUAUAGUAGAGGUAGCGACUAUAAUGUUGCAUUAAUCCAUAAAGGCUGAACACCAGAUUCAGUGCUCUGAGUAGAACAUUUUCAUAGUGUGUUGUUUUUCUUAAAGUUGGCUUCGGCUGUUUUUUUGUAAUAUUCUAGCUUUAGCCAUGCCAUUAGCCUUUAUGCAACCUUUUAGAUUGUUGAGCCUAGUUAUACUGUAACUAAUCAAGAGAUGAUAUAUGAAUGACUACUGCUUGGAACAUAUGUAAAUGCUGUUUAGAGACGAGAAGUGUUUGAAGGAGAUAGUGUACCAAGAAGGGAGAUUACUGUUUUUAUCAAUAGAUAACAUAGUCACCACAGAUUGUAAGCCACCGAAGAGAACACAAAAAAAUAUAUAUUUGUUAUUGUUGCACUCUUUUUCUUUGUAAUAUUUCUACUGAAUGUGUGUUUUUAAAUUGUGCUUUUCUAAUAAGACAAGUGUUAACUCCAAAAGUGCCAAUUCUCUAAAACAGAUGUACAUUAUAGCUGACGAGCCUAUUUUUAUGAAUAUAUAUGUUCUGUAACUAUCAGAUUGGCUUUUAAUAUGUAAUUGUUAUUUUGUGUCUGUGUGUCUGUGUGUCUGUGUGUGUGUGUGUGUGUGUGUGUGUGUGUGUGUGUGUGUGUGUGUGUGUGUGUGUGUGUAACAUGAGUUGAGUAUGUGGAAAGGCAGAGUAUAAGGAUGAGCUUGCCAAGCACUGAAAACACAGUAGAAUGUUUGUUAUCGCUCUGCUUGCUAUAGAUGUGUUUGUAUUCCCAUCUUUAGUUUCUAAUAUGCUGUAUGAUUAUUGCAUACUGUAUAUUGCUUAAGAGCAGGGCUGGGCUUAAACAUUGUAGGAUUUGAUAAUGAGGAUGUCUCAUUGUUCAAAGUUUCGCAUCUUCUGUCGUAAUAAAAUCAA